GUUUAUAUCAAGCUCAUUAUCAGAAUGACCGAUUUGAUCAUGACUGCUCAUCCUUCAUCGAAUGGGGUUCCUUCCAAACGCCCUCGUCGUCGACGUCCGACCGUCUUCACAGAUUUACAGCUGAGGAUUCUGGAGACCGUGUUCAACGACAACCAGUAUCCUGAUAUCACGACUAGAGAACAACUGGCUUCAAGUCUGCAGCUUAAAGAAGACAGAAUUAUGGUCUGGUUUCAGAACCGUCGUGCACGAAUCCGUCGAGCCUCUCUUGUUUCAUGCUCUGCCCACCAACCAGUCAUUAAGAAAGAGGUCAACAACACUCGCCUUCAACCAUCUAAGGAAGUCAACUUGUCUUUCGUAAGCCGUAAGCGGAAGACACCGUGCGACGUCGAUGAGGUCAACCAGACGACACCCCCUUCAAAGAAGUUGGGCGUCGUGUCAUCCAAGUUCUCUGUCGACUUUCUCGCUGAAAGCAGUCGAUCGACGUCAGAGUCAACGACAGUUUCAUCGGACCCACAUCUUCAAUGUCAUGGCGUCACUCAGCUCCAGUGCACGACAUCACGUGACUCAACGAAAGGCGCCACCAGUCCACUGAUGUCAGUAGACUUUCUCUCUCGUAGCAGUCGCUCUCCUUCUCCCUCUAGCGCUGAGUAUCUUCACCGAACACCGUCUUCUUUCUACACACCGAUGGGUUAUCAUCCGUAUGUCUUCUGCAUCUACUUCUAGGCACUGACUGAAUGAACUCACGAACUCUCAAACCAGAAAAAACCUUUUAAUUGCUGUUAUGAUUCUU